AUGAAGGCACGUGGUCGUAUGCUCCAUUACAUCGGAGACAAGAGUUUCGACGGCCCCUCGGGCACAAGGGCGGUCGUCUUCGAGGAGGAGUGGGCGGCGUGGCAGUGGGUGUGGUACGGAGAUGCAGCUGGUGGCGUUUGUCCCGACGUGCAGGGGACGCGCGGAGGAGAAACUCACUCAAGUAUUAACAACCCCCACAGGUUGACGCUGCUCGUGCCUCCAGCAAUCCGCCAUCACCUUGCCCCUCGCGCCAUGGCGCCCGCCUGCCUCCUAUUGCCACUCCUCCUGCUCCCCUUCGCCCCAGGUCCAGCACAGGCCGCGACGCCGGCGAGGUCUCCGUCGGCGUCAGCAUCGUCCUCCUCCACGUCCGUCGUGUUCCAGCUCCAGGGCGACGUAUAUCCCACCGGGCAUUACUAUGCCACCAUGAACAUUGGGGAUCCGGCGAGGCCCUACUUCUUGGACAUUGACACCGGCAGUGACCUCACUUGGCUGCAGUGCGACGCUCCCUGCCAAAGCUGCAACAAGGUGCCGCACCCAUUGUACAAGCCAACAAAGAGCAAGAUUGUGCCCUGUGCAGACUCACUCUGUGCUACACUGCUCAGCUCACAGAUUCCUAACAACAAGCAGUGCCCCUCACCACACCAAUGCGACUACAAAAUUAAGUACACGGACAGCUCGACUUCUCUCGGUGUGCUCGUUACCGACAGCUUCGGCCUAACCCUACGGAAUUCAUCCCGUAUUAGUCGCAGCCUCACCUUUGGCUGUGGCUAUGACCAGCAGGUGGGAAAGAAUGGGGCAGUGCAGGCAGCGACAGAUGGCUUGCUUGGGCUUGGGAGGGGAUCAGUUAGCUUGGUCUCGCAGCUCAAGCAGCAAGGCAUCACCAAGAAUGUACUUGCCCAUUGCCUCAGUACGAACGGAGGAGGGUUCCUCUACUUUGGGGAUGAUAUCGUGUCUACCUCGCGCGCAAUGUGGGUGCCGAUGGCUCGUAGCACAUCUGGGAAUUACUACUCACCUGGCUCAGGAACACUUUACUUCGAUAAACGCCCACUAGGAGUGAAGCCAACGGAGGUGGUAUUUGACAGCGGUAGCACCUAUACGUACUUCGCUGCCCAGCCAUACCAAGCGACUGUUUCUGCGAUCCAAGCUGGUCUCAGCAAGUCACUUACGAAGGUGUCUGACCCCAGUCUACCUCUUUGCUGGAAAGGGCAGAAAGUGUUUAAAUCUGUGUCUGACAUCAAGAAGGAGUUCAAAUCACUCUUCCUGAUGUUUUUGAAGAAUACAGCCCUGGAGAUCGCUCCUGAAAACUACCUCAUUGUUACGAAAAAUGGAAAUGUGUGCUUGGGCAUCCUUGACGGGUCGGUGGCUAAACUUAAUUUCAACAUAAUUGGAGAUAUCACAAUGCAGGAUCAGUUGGUAAUUUAUGACAAUGAGAAAGGGAAACUUGGAUGGAUCCGUGGAUCAUGCAGUAGGGGCACUAAGUAUAUUAUAUCUUCAUUUACAUGUGUCCAAGGCAACUUUUUGACAAGUCGUUUUUCCAGUAUAUCUGUGUCAAAUCCUGUGUUCAGUGUCCUAGGUUCUGGUCUUUCACCUAAAAACCUUUAA